CCUUUACUCACUCUAUUAUAUAUGAUAGCAUGAGACAUUUCUCCUAGAAACACACGUCUUCCUCCCAUAAGUCAUGGGGAAGAAAGGUUUAGCUAAUGUGCUGCUACUGCUAGUGUACUUGGGCAGCUUACUCUCCGCACUUGCCUGCCCGUACUGCCCGUACCCUUCACCUCAUCACGGCAAACCCCCAAAGAAGCUCCCCCCUAAGGUGAAGCCGCCCUUCUCGCCCAAGCCACCCAAGUAUCCGCCCAAGCACCCGGUGGUGAAGCCACCCCAUUUCCCAAAGCCGCCCAUCGUCCACCCACCUUAUGGCCCCAAGCCGCCCAUCAUCCACCCGCCUUAUGGCCCCAAGCCGCCCAUCAUCCACCCGCCGUAUGGCCCCAAGCCGCCCAUCGUCCACCCGCCUUAUGGCCCCAAGCCGCCCAUCGUCCACCCGCCGUAUGGCCCCAAGCCGCCCAUGGUCCACCCGCCGUAUGGCCCCAAGCCGCCCAUGGUCCACCCGCCUUAUGGCCCCAAGCCGCCCAUCGUCCACCCGCCGUAUGGCCCCAAGCCGCCCAUCGUCCACCCGCCGUAUGGCCCCAAACCGCCCAUCGUCCACCCGCCUUAUGGCCCCAAGCCGCCCGCCCUAUGCCCUCCUCCUGUCCCGACACCGAAACCCCCAAUCGUAAAGCCUCCGGUCAUCAAGCCACCGCACAAACCCCCCGUGGUGAAGCCGCCGCCAAAACCUCCAGUUGUAAAGCCACCGCCGAAACCCCCGGUCGUGAAACCGCCCCAUAAGCCUCCGGUUGUGAAACCGCCAAUUGUGUACCCACCGCCCGUUCCGAAGCCACCAACCCUCCCGCCACCGGUACCAAAGCCGCCCAUCGUGCACCCACCCAUUGUGUACCCGCCACCCAUUCCGAAGCCACCAACCCGCCCGCCGCCCAUACCGAAGCCGCCCAUCGUGCACCCACCCAUCGUGUACCCGCCACCCGUUCCUAAGCCGCCCAUCGUGCACCCGCCCAUCGUGUACCCGCCGCCCGUUCCUAAGCCGCCCAUCGUGCACCCGCCCAUCGUGUACCCGCCGCCCGUUCCUAAGCCGCCCAUCGUGCACCCGCCCAUUGUUUACCCGCCGCCCAUCGUGCACCCACCCAUCGUUUACCCGCCGCCCAUUCCUAAGCCGCCCAUCGUGCACCCACCCAUUAUUUACCCGCCACCCAUACCGAAACCACCCAUCGUGCACCCGCCCAUUGUGUACCCGCCACCAGUCCCUAAGCCGCCAGUCCUCCCGCCCCCGGUCCCAAAGCCACCAAUCGUGUACCCACCGCCCGUCCCCAAACCUCCCAUUGUGUACCCGCCCAAACCGCCGGUUGAGAAGCCAUGCCCGCCGCCGCCGCCCAAAGUCGGGCCGUACCCACCACCGGCACCACAGACCUGUCCUAUAGACACACUAAAGCUCAGCGCAUGUGUGGACGUGCUGGGGGGGCUGGGGCACAUUGGGAUCGGGAGCAGCGCCAAGGACACGUGCUGUCCGGUGCUGCAAGGGCUGCUCGACCUUGACGCGGCGGUGUGCCUCUGCACCACCAUCAAGGCUAAGCUCCUCAACAUCAGCAUCGUCAUCCCCGUCGCUCUUCAGGUCCUCAUCCAGUGCGGGAAGACUCCUCCCCAGGGAUUCCAGUGUUCUGCAUAAUGGGACACAAUAAUACUCUCAGCAAAGUCCACAUGGAGGUGGAUGAAUAACGUACUGAUGCGAAAAGACUCUAAGUGGUGCUUUUAGAGGAAAACUCCUCCUUUGGUUUCUUUAAGAGCAUAUGUGGCCCCGUUUGAGGAAGUGGUUUGUCUAUUCCAAGUGCAGAUAUCCCAACUAAUUAAUUUCUAGUUCUUCUAUUAAAGAUUUCAUUAUAUAUGCUGUUAUAAUCAAGGAUUGACUUCCUGUGGACGAGGUACAUUUUUCAAGGUGCAUGUCGGACAUUUCUGCUAAAUGAAGUUAGAUAUGAAACCUAAA